GAGGUCCGGUAGGUCGCACUGGUGAUGCGUGCCUGCGUCACCAGUGUUUGUUCCCUCCUCUUGUGCCUGUCUUGAACCAGACUCCCCGAUUUGUUGGGAGACAACUCUCAACUCUGGGCGCGCAGGCAGCUGGCUCCCGUCAGCACCAACCGACAGACCCGCCAGCCCUUCGGCAACCCAGCCCUUUCCCCAACGUGCCCAGGCUCUCCAGGCCAAAUCUGCAUCUCACGGCCUGCUCAGCCAUCAGAGUGGUCUGCCACACCCUGGCUCCCUUGUCAAAAUCGUCUGCUUGGCUUUUUGGGGCCGAAAAGCCGCAUCCUCGUUUUUUUUUAAAAAAAAAAAAAAUUUAAUAUUUAUUUUUUGUUUAAUUUCUAUUUAUUUAUUUAACUUCUAAUUUUUAAUUUUUUUUAAUAUUUUCAUGAAGAUGGUCAGAGUGCCGAGUAACGAGGCUGCCGCUAUAAAAAUGGGUGUAUAAUGCAUGCAGCUAUCACCUCGGCUUCCCUGGCUUGGCUUUCACAUGAGCGGCAUGUCCUGUCUGUCCUGGUGAUUUUGGACCGGCAUGGCCCGACAGCACGCACGAAACCACGCGAAAGGCAAGCCAAACGGUUUCAUGAGCCCGCCGCGGCCGCUCGGCCUGUCCGGACAUGCAACCUGGAGGUCAAUGGGAGUGGGCGCGCAAUCGCCACCUCUGGGACCUGCUGGCUCGCCGCCGAGGCUGCUGCUGGCAUGUGUGUGAUUCAAUAUUCUCGAGCAAACAAAGCAUCACGCAGCUCAGUGCUCAGCCCCUGGCGGAAUCGUGGCCCACGGGGUCGCGCCCAAGACAGAGCCAAGAUGCGCCGUCGAAGCUCGAAUUUCCCACAUCGGCCUAGCUCGCUCAAUAUACCAAGAAUUCCGGGGUUUCGUGGAGGGGUUUCGUGCGGUGCUGGGCUUGGUACGGAGGCGGGGGGACCUCCAGCCCGCGUCCAGGUCCUGUCAGUAAUGGACGCUCAACGACCUCCCUCUGCACCUAGCAAAGGUUCAGAUAGAUCAUCGCCUGCUCAGAGCCAAUGAGUGGAUUUGAGGCGGCCAGCCAAUACCCGGCCAUCAAACGCAUGCCGCCCAUCUCAAUUCUCAUCCAUUAUCGUCCGCUUCCAAACCAC